AAUAAAUACAUAUUUAAUAUAUAAAACAAAGAAGAAAAAAAAAAAAAAGAGAGUGCAUUAAAAAAAAAACCAAUGUUCCGUCCAAAUACAACAGCAGAUUUGAAUGAAUUUCCCGCAUUAGGGACACCGCCAACCUUAAGCCGAACUUCAAUUGUACCUAAUUCAACAGCAGCCAUGGCCACUCGACUUGGUGGUGCUAGUUAUGCUUCUACAACAGGCAGCAAUGGAUUUCCACAUCAGCAGCAGCAGCAACAACAACAACAACAUGCACAAGACUUGGAAAGCAACAUGGAUUUUAUUGGACAUAAGAAUGUUUUAGGGUUCAAUAGAAAUAACAAUUUUAAUGGUGAUUUACCACUUUCAUCAAACAAUGCUAAUCGAAAUCUUGCACUGAGAUCGUUUUCUAUGGAUGAAUUUCCAGCACUACGCAGUAGUAGUACUUUUGAUAACGGAGCAAAUAGAGAGUCAGGAAAAGGAUUUUCGCAAAAAAAUGAAUCUUCAAAUUCUUGGUCACAAUCCAGAAAACAAGAGGAAACAACAUCAACAGAUGGAAAAACAACGGAUCCAUAUGGAUUAUUAGGGCUUUUAGGAGUGAUUAGAAUGACGGAUCCUGAUCGUAGUAUGUUGGCAUUAGGUAGUGAUUUAACUACACUCGGUUUAGAUUUGAAUACAUCAGAUUCUAUAUAUUCAACAUUUAUAUCACCAUGGUCAGAUACACAAAACUUACCCGGAUUAAAUGUUGAACCAGGCUAUUAUUUGCCUUCUUGUUAUCGUAAUGUUCAAGCAACACCACCUGCUCAUCAACGUAUGCGAACAUUUUCAGAUGAAAUUUUAUUUUAUGUGUUUUAUUGUAUGCCAAAGGAUAUUGCCCAGGAGGCAGCAGCACAAGAAUUAUAUAAUCGCAAUUGGCGAUAUCAUAAGGAAUUAGGAUUGUGGUUAACAAAAGAAACAGAUGAAAAUGGUCGACCUGUUCAAGCAUUUCGAAGGACAUCACCUAAUAAUUUAGAUCGUGGUGUGUAUGUCUUUUUUGACCCUACAACAUGGCAAAAGGUGAAAAGAGAAUGGACAUUAUCUUGGGAUGCUAUUGAGGAACGAUCAACACAGAAUCCUAUUAGCUUACCUACUACAACAAGUUCUUCAACUAAUAAUAGUUCAAAUAGAAUAUUAAUGUAAAAUUCGAAUAAAAACAAAAGAGAGAGAAAGAGAAAAAAAAAAAAAGAUGAAUUAUUAUAUAUAUACAAA